AUUUACACUCUCCUUCAAGCCAAUCUUUUGAAAAGACUUUGGAAAAGCUUGCAAAAGUGCAUUCAUGUCGUUACUCGAGUCUCCUUCAUUCGAGACAAUUUCUUCAGCAAUAAAGUCUACCGCUCACCCGGAUGGAAGCUAUGUUCUAGCACUGACAUCGCUGGGAAAUUACUAUGUUUCUUCUGCUUCUGCUCCAUCAAACGCAAUUCAUCUUUUUGACAAGUCAUCUUUGAAAUGCGUCCAGACCCUCAAAGGUCAUCAAAACGCUACCACAACCUUGCGAACAGUUAGAGGCAUCGGGGGGUCCGAUCGGCAUAUGCUUUUAUCUGCUGGUAAGGAUGGUUGCGUGAUUGCUUGGGAUGAACGUUCUGGCGCUCCGACCAUACAAAUGACGACAUCUGGGAGAUCUCGUACCGUUUUGUCCUGUGAUGCUUCUCAUGAUGGCUUGACCGUUGCUGCGGGGACGGACCUACAGAAGGAGGAUGCAUUUAUACUCUACUGGGACCCUCGAAAACCAGCUGUACCACUCCGUAUUCACGGCUCAACACAUUCAGAUGACAUUACUGCAGUGCACUUUCUGAAAAAUAGUCCAUCUCCAACAUCUGGACAGAUCUUGCUGUCAGCUUCCACCGAUGGCCUGGUUAGCACAUCAAAUUCUGCAGAAGACGACGAGGAUGAAGCGGUUCUGAACGUUGGCAGUUGGGGUUGCAGCAUAUCUCAAGCAGGGUGGAUUCGCGGCUCGUCCGCCAAUCGUGUCUGGGCUGCAAGCGAUAUGGAGACAUUUAGCUGCUGGUCAAAUGAGCUCGACAUGUUGCAGAACUGUGACAUUCGUCACCCCUCCGUUCAUAGCCAUGGGCGAACUUGGGUUACCGACUAUAUGAUAACAUGUCACAACACAAAACGAUCUGACAGCAACCUCGCUGUAUUUGUUGGUUCAAACGAGGGUGAUGUGGCCCUUCUCUCAAGCUCAAAUGUGUCAGACUCAUCUGCUCCAUGGACAAUAAAUUCAGUAUGGGCCAAUGGUCACACUGGAGUGGUCCGUUCAGUCUUCUGGGAUGAAAACCAUGAAAUUCUUGUCACGGGAGGCGAGGAUUCAAAGAUAAGUACAUGGCGUUGUCCUAUUUCCGGACAGCUUUCGGGGUUCGAUAAAUCUGCGCGAGAUGAAAGUGCGAUGGAUAUGGACUCCGCUAUUCUGAAAAGAGAACGGGAUGACGAGAUGGAUAUUAGUGAGAGUGAGCCAGAGGGUAAAAAAGUAAAGCGGUAAUCGUGAGCGUGAAUUAGUGGCGGAGCGGAGACUUGGAUGUCGUUGAAGCGGUGCCAGUCAGCCCUUAACCGAUUAACAAUUAUCAACGGCACAUGUGCAUGCGCCCAGCCUUGCUCGCCCUCUGAAAAAUUUAUGCGACUAUUUUCAGCCUAACUCACAAGACCUGAGAUGGUAGCAUUUGUUUACAUUAUGCCGCGUUCCUGGUCAGGGUCCUGGAAGCAUGUGCCGCAACAGUCGAUCAGUUUUUCGAUCGAUCGUUACAAGUAUCGUACGCUUCCGAAACUCGCACAGCAAAUGUCAUCAAGGUCCCCGGCGUGCACUUCUCCGCUCACAACUUGAACACAGUCGUGUUUGGUAUGUUGAAAGCACUGUCCCGAGUUGCCGGUGACCUGCCUCGAGGACUCGGCACGAGCAGUAUUAGUCAACCUUCAUGAUUUUCCUGCCGGCAAUUUUGAACUUUUUGGAGCGAGAACUCCAGAACCCGCUACGUAAUC